UGUAGAGGUUUAACUCGAUAGAUACUUUAGAGAAGUUGGGAAAAAUCACAGUGAUUCAGGUCAAUGUGGAAUAAAAAUUCGAUGUGAUCAAAAGAAAUAAAGGAUUAAACAUCAGGAGUGAUUUUUUGAAAACAAUGUUUUUUUAUCUUACAAUUUCUUUACUGCUGAACUGGUCAUGUGUGAAAGGAAUUGAAGAGCAGAAGCAGAAUGUUAUUCCAAAUCAGAUUGCUCACCCUUCCAAACGAGAAAUCGAGAAAUUACUUUACGAUAAUCAGACAUACAAUUUAAAUCAAACGACAGCCAAAAGAGUAACUGUACAUUAUGAGAAUUCAAAUGGAUUCAUGCCAAUUAUCGUCUUGGAUAAUCAUGCAGAAAAUGACAAGAUAACAUCCAAAGAAAAUCAAAAGGAAAAUGAAAGCGUCUUGGAAAAUAAUCCAGCUUAUUCAAUGGAAGCAAGAACGUUUUUAAAUUUGCCCAAAUUGGGCACUAAUCGCAAACUUUUUGAAUUAAGCAACAGAAGAAAUGAUUUGGAAUUAUUGAAAGUCGACAGCAAUACACCUGAAGUUGCGACAUAUGAAGAAUUUCACGAUAACAAAAAUCAAGAGUCGUUGGAUAUGGAAAAGAAGAAGGAUUCAAGAGCAAGAAAUAAAUAUCGAUCUAAAGAGGUACAAAAUGAAAAAAAAUAUGAUAGGCACAGUGCAAAUUCACACAACCAUAAUUUCCAGUCAAGUUCUUACAACACUAAUCAGUUAAAGUCUAAUUUUGGUGUAGAGAGAGUGAAUUACCCUCAACAUCAACAGGACGCAUCAGGUUAUAAUCUUCAACGAAAUGUUGCUUCAAAAGCGAAACUAGUGUCGGGGACAAAUUUUAAUACCAGACUAUCUUCGGGAAACGAAAAGAAAUCUAAAAACGAGUACUUUCAAUUACAUGCAAAUCAUAACAAUGAGUGGAAGACCACGAAACCCAUAAUAGAUGUUGAUGACGAUGAAGUGGAUGACUACAGUCUUGGGAUAAAACAUGGAUCUCAAAGAUCCACUGUACCUCCCUCUUUGUCACAACAAAUUUCAUCUAAUCCUUCAGUUUUAUCAAAUUUUCCAUCAAAAACCUACGGUCAAGAAGGUGGAUCUGACAAUACCAGUCGUCAUUACGAACGGUCAGAAGAUUCUCAAGGAAGUUCUGAUGAAAGCCUAGAUUAUAUGGAUAUUUCGGAGAAACCUAGAAAGGUUCACAAGAGUAGAAGACGACCACAGCCUCUUGAGUUAUCAAGAAAACUACCAAAAGAACAUCAAUAUUUACAGGAAACUGAUGAUAAGAAACGACACAAUCUAGUAAGAGCCAAGCAACGGCAUCGUCAGCGCAACAAGCAGAAUCACAUGGAUGAUGAUGGUCGUUAUCAGGACGAGAGUCACGAAGAGAAACUCAACAAUUCAGAAGCUGAUAAUGUGAAUCAAAACUUAAACACAAAUUCUUGGAAUCCACUAGGAUCAUCUAACAAUGAUAAUAUACAAUCAAAUGGAUUUCAUGUAAAUCAAAUAGAAAAGCCUAAAAUACUGUUUCCUGUAAAUGUAAAUUUAGUACCAUUUACCCAUCUCGAUCAACAAAAUGCAAUGAUCCAAAAUCUAGGAGCCGGUAUGUCCAUUGUCAGCACAGCUACUCCUUACGCUACUACGCCUCAAAAUUUAAUCUCAAAAAAUAGACAAACUUCCAAUCAGGUACCGGACAUCAUUGUCGGUUUAAGCAGCAUGCAAAAUCCCGUUUCCGUUCUUUUACCACACGAUCAAAAUCCUACAGCUAGAAGUGCUUCCAGCUCAACUCCAAGAUCCAUCUUCGCUUCUGCUUCCACAUUAGCUCCAACUCAUCAACAAAUAGCAUUGAAUCAUCUUCCAAUAAAUCACUUUUUGGUACCCCAACCAUCUCUCCAAUCUACGUCAAACAUUCUUCAAGACAAUUCUGCCAUUCAAAUUCAUCCUCAUGGAAUUCAAGGUCAGAAUAUAGUUUCCUUACAAAACAUUCCUAUUAUUUCAAGUACUACUCCUAUAAGUUCGAAAUUUUCCACAGAUGGACAAUAUUUAGCAACAGCUAAUAUAGCUGUUGGCAAUGAUGCUCAAAAAUCAAAUCAAAAAGCAAUUUUUCAAACUCAAAUGGUUCCGGUUUUAUUGAAUCAACAAAAAUCGCAGGAUUCGUUUGUUGUAGCAAGACCAAAAGAUGGUGAUCAAAUUCAAAAAGCAACUAACGAUGCUUUUCUGAGUUCUAUGAAGGAUCUACAAAUGCAGAUUCAAAGGAAUCAAUUGUCAAACUCUUAUCAAAAUACUGACAGUAUUGGAAGUGCGAGCAACAAUAUUAAUUCUUUUGCUGAAAUGCCAUUUAGCAUUAUGAGAACUCAAAUGCCUGUUCUAGGCUCGAAGAAUGUGGAAAUCAUCAAUUCUAAUGGGUUCAGUCCUAUUAAACCCAACCUCCUUGAUUUUGCAAUAAUAAAUCCGGUGACGCCGAUUAAUCAAUUCACUGCAAUGUAUACGACGCCUGUUCCAGUUAUGAGUACUACAAGAUACAUAAAUAAUAGACCAUCCAUUUCUUCAGACAGUAUUAAUCUCAGCAACUACGUAGGUUCAUUGACCGAGUACGGCGCCAAAACACCAUCAAGUAGUUCCUACAACUUUCCUCCCGCUGAAGACAGUGCCAAGAGUGCAUCACAAAAAAGUUCACGAACCUCCACCAAGGCAAACCUAAAAUCUGAAAUAGCAAAGUACGCCGAAGAAGUAGUAAGACAAUCAUUCAAAUCAAUGUACGAUUCCCAAAAAUUAAACAACGAUCUUCGAGUUCCUGAGAACAUUAGUAUUGUCGAUUCUUCAGAGUUGGCGAAAUUGAGAAACGAAUUACUUCGACUAAGACCAACGGGCUCAGUUUCCAAAUCACCAACUGAUGUUCUGGAAGCUCAUCAAACAGAGAAUAAACUACGAACAUCAAAUUCCAGACCUACGAAAAAUAAUUCCCAAAAACCAGCAUUUUCUCUUGAGCAGAUUGAACAUAUUUUAAAAGACGUUACAAGUCCGGACUAUUACUCAAAACCAGACUCCAACGAUGGAUAUAAUUUCAAAAUAAACGAUUAUCUCACACCACCAAAACCCAGUUCAUUUCACGAUAAACCAUCAAAGAAACGCCCUCCAGGACCAAAACCUCCAGGAUAUUCCAGAUCUCGGUCCCGUAAACCCUCUGGACUAUAUUCUAAAAUGCAUGGAAUAGAAACAGCUGCAUCGAAUAAUUACGAAUUUGGUUUUGAUUCACCUCGAUACAGGAAUGGACCUCCAUUCGAUCACGAAUAUCAUGAAACUCGAUCAGGACGACAUGGACGCUCGAAAUAUCGCAAGAAAAAUAGGGCUUUUAACAGUUAUUCGACAUUUAGUCCACCCUUGAAGGAAAGUGAGAGAAAAUUGUUAGCGAAAGAUUUCUAUGACAUUAAUAAUCCCAAAUUUCAUAAUUUCCUUGGAUUAUUGAUGAAGAAUAAUAGAUUGCCCAAUGGAAUUCCACAACCUUAUUCAAGUAACAAAGAAGAUGAACAUUUCGUAAAAAUUUUAGAAAUUGAAAAACAACGACUUGAAAAUAAAUUUUAUAAUGAUGCUUUGCAGGGAUUACAGAAAAAAUUAGAUGAAUCGAGAUUAGUCCAGAAAAGUACCAAAUAAAAGAAUCAAGUUUAGAAACUAAGGAAAUACGUAGUCGAUGUAAUCAAUCUGUAUAGAAGACGUAACUGAAGUAUAAUCAAUAAUAUUAUAUUUAUUAUUAUAAAUAAUUUUAAACUUUUUCUUACCACAGAAUGAAGCUACAAACCAUUAUUUGUUCAAUUAGUUUUAAAUAUUUUUUAAACUAUAUAAGUAAUG